ACCAAAAUAGACUGAAUAAGUAUGAAAUAGGAGGAAAUUCCGUGACAUUGGGUGCAACCAAACGCACCCUUAUCCUAUACAUCCAUACUCUUUCAACCGUCAGCAACGGAUAUAUGUGGUGGAUAACUCCCAAACCAUCCCACCACCCCGUCCCGCACCCAAGAACGCCUAGAAACCAUGGCUACUGUAAGCUUAAAUCCAUCCAAAAUCAACCAGUCCAGGUCUGAAUCUCAAAAACCCAUUUCCAGCUUCCUCUCUCUCUCAGAACCCAUCAAAAUCUCACUCCCAACCUCCCAUUCCUCCACGAAAACCAAGCUCUUCCUACCCAAAUCACACCAAUUUCGAUCCAAUUCCAUCUCAGAAAGCUCAAUUUCUUCACCGACCGGUGAUUCUUCCGCGUUUUCUAUAACGGGCGAUGAAAAUGACGAUGACCCAUCUGCCGAAUUGAGCUUUUUAGACCCCGACGUCGAUCCCCGAAGCAUUUCCGAAUGGGAAUUGGACUUUUGCUCAAGACCUAUUUUAGAUAUCAGAGGGAAGAAGCUAUGGGAGCUCGUUGUCUGCGAUGGCACACUCUCACUUCAGCACACCAAGUUCUUCCCGAACAAUGUCAUCAACAGCAUCACUUUGAGGGACGCCAUCUUGUCAAUAAGCGACAUCUUGGGCGUCCCCUUGCCAGAGAAAAUUCGGUUUUUCAGGUCGCAGAUGCAAACAAUCAUAACCAAAGCUUGUGGAGAGCUUGGUAUAAAACCGGUUCCUAGCAAACGGUGUUUGUCACUUAUACUGUGGCUGGAAGAGCGGUAUGAGACCGUAUAUAUGCGUCAUCCUGGUUUUCAGAAAGGAUCAAAGCCUCUUCUGGCAUUAGAUAAUCCAUUCCCAAUGGAACUUCCUGAAAACCUCUUUGGGGAGAAGUGGGCUUUUGUCCAGUUACCUUUCUCAGCUGUUCAAGAGGAGGUCUCUUCAUUAGAAACAAGGUUUGCAUUUGGCGGGAGUCUAGAUUUAGAUCUUUUGGGCCUCGAAAUUGAUGAUAAGACAUUGGUUCCAGGAUUGGCUGUUGCAUCGUCACGCGCUAAACCUUUGGCAGCGUGGAUGAAUGGCUUGGAGGUUUGUUCAGUUGAAGUCGACGCUGCUCAGGCUUCCUUGAUUCUAUCAGUGGGUGUUUCUACCAGAUAUGUCUAUGCUAGGUAUAACAAAAAUGCAGCGACGACACAAGAGGCUGAGGCGUGGGAAGCAGCAAAGAAGGAAUGUGGGGGCUUGCAUUUUCUUGCCAUCCAAGAUAAUUUAGAUUCUGAUGACUGUGUUGGGUUUUGGCUGCUAUUGGACCUGCCCCCACCACCUGUAUGAUCACAGAAAUUAUGUUAGUCUUGCUUAUUUAAUCUACACUUCAUGAACUUGUACUUACAUUCCUUGUUGCAUUGAAAAAUGCAGUCCACUUUUACUGUCCA